CUUUCUGGAAGAAUCGACACCUCUCUUCAAGCUUCUCAUUUCUCCACCUAUAUAUACGUAUGUAUAUCACCGGACCUGCUUUGCUUCACAACUCAACAAAUCAAGUGACUUGACAGUUAAAGUCGUCAUCCAGUAAAGAAUCUAAACCUAGACAAUAGUCAUCAAUUGUUAUCGGAGAAAUGGCAGCUUCACUCGCUGUUAAGAGGGGCACCAUUGGCGUUGCAACCGUGCUUAACAAGCUAUUGAAUCCACUCCGAUCUGUUUUUGCUGUUCCUUCCGUCCAACGGUGCUUCAACACUAAUUCGUCCCAGAUGACAGCCUAUGACGAUGACAAUCGCGGUGUCGAUGUCGAUCGCCGCGCCGAUACAACUGUCUCUCGCCGCCGUGAUAAUGAUCUAUUUUCCGACCUAUUCGAUCCGUUUUCUCCACCGAGAAGCCUAAGCCAGAUCUUCAACAUGAUGGAUCAGUUCAUGGGGAAUCCGCUUAUGUCGAGCUCUCGAGGAGGAGGAUUCGGUACGAGACGGGGAUGGGACGCAAAGGAAGACAACGAUUCUCUCAACUUUCGGUUCGACAUGCCAGGUAUAGACAAAGACAACGUUAAGAUCUCUGUGGAGCAGAACACUCUGGUGAUUCGUGCAGAGGCGGAGAAGGAAACGGAGGAUGAGGAGGAGCCGCCGCGGAGGUACUCUAGCAGGAUUGAUCUGCCGCUAAACGCAUACAAGGUUGAUGAAAUAAAGGCGGAGCUGAAGAACGGUGUGCUGAAAAUUAGGGUUCCGAAAGUGAAGGAAGAGGAGAGGAAAGAUGUGAGGCAGAUUCAGGUGGAGUGAAUAGUGAUGGUGUGGAUAUGUUGAGACUUCUACUUUUGUUUUUUGUUUAUGUGAUGAUGAUGUGUCCGUUUUCUAGUGAUAUAUGGAGUGAAAAAAUAAUAAUAUAGUUUUCAAUGGGAAUUC